GGAAGAGGAAGCGCCAUAAACCACCUACGCCCAGAGGGCUGGUGGGAUUCCACUGCUCUUUGCGAUUGCGUGCAGGAGACACUGUUCACAUGGUGCAGAGGAACCUGGCUGAGGUGCUGGGAUUGCGCACGACCGCUUCGCUUCAUUGGGAGCCGCAUGCGAUGGUUGGGUUGAGCUCCAUUUUUCUCUUGGUGCCUGCCGUGGCGUUUGUGUCUGUUGCGCGUUGCAUUACUCGCUGCGCGCCCAAACCCUAUAGCGCCAGCACCGGAUUGCAGUUAUGUUUGUACGUCGCUCUUGCACUGCUAUUCACUUUCUGUUGUUUAACGUGCUUCCUGGCAGAUUAUGCCUACAUCCGUCGUGGCCACCGCUCUUAUUAUGGAAAGGUCGAUAUCCGGCUCGCAACCUUGACUUUCUUCGUGUGCAUCUUGGACUUCGGGCUCCGGGCGUCGCCUUUGGAAACAGCCAUACUUGUGUGCAUUGCCGUGUGCGCCUUCGGCUGCUCGGGCCUCUCCGCCUCUACGGACCAGUGGGUAGUUCGGCACUCGCUCUGGCAUGUCGUCGCUGCCGCGGACGGGACCUACGGCGCUCUGCGACUGCCGCCCGAGGGUGCGCUGGUCGGCGCGCACGUGUGGCUGGACGUGCUCACCGUGGGCUGCCUUUAUGCAUGUGCCACGCUGGCCGUUGUCGUCGCAUUUCGAUUCGCAUUGUCCGAAUCGAGCCGCGGGCAUCUCUGGGACAGCGGCGCCAAGUAUGCGGAUUGGCGGCAGGUGUGGCCGCCAGGUGAUGCCCUGUGUCCGCUGAGCGCUCCGGUUGAGGGCGCGAGUGAGGCAGUGUAGAGCCGCGACCUUCUGCAGAGCAGGGCGAUCGCAACGUGCAAGAAUUCAAGCAGCGACGCCUCGAUCGCGUGACCUCUGAUCAUCCGUGGGGGGAGAGACAGGAGGGGCCAGGCUCGCGGCCGUUACGAUAGGAUCGGCUGUGAUUGCCCAGCCAGCGAGGCACU